UUUUGUUUAAAAAAAAUGGAAGAAUUCAUCGAAAAACCCUCUUGUCAGAUUUUAUAUCGACAAUCUUCACUAGAAACGCGAUUAUCUCCUGUCCACUUAUCCGAAGAAUCAUCUGAAUCAAGUGAUGAAGAAGUGAAAAAUGUUAAUUCGUUACCGAGAAUAGUUGAGGCUAAACUGAAACCCCCUGUAGAAGAACAAAAUGAAGAAAUCGAAGAGGAAGUCAGUAAAAGCGAGGACGAUAAAUUAACAGCAGUAUAUUUAAUGAAACUCAUGACGCCAACACCAAGAAAGGAAAUUCCCCAAAGUGAAACCAAAAUGGCYACGCUUCGCCCGAAAUCGCCCAGACRUGUGGGCCRCAAAACCGACAAAGAAGAGACAAUUUGGGACAAACUUGGUACACUUGGACGUAAAAAACGCAUCAAAGAAGUGCAAGAGGUCCAAGCUGAGGGCAAGUACGCAAUUGACUCCCCCGGUCACCCCACAAACCCCAUUACCCCGCCCGAAGACUACGAUUUGGAGGACAACGAGGAGCGCUGCAUGAUCGAGCCCCGCUCCUACGACGACCCCAAAUUCCGAGAACUCUCCCAAGUGCUAAUCGAUUGGAUCAAUGACGAGUUAGCCUCCCAGCGAAUAAUCGUUCAAGACUUAGCCGAGGACUUGUAUGACGGCCAAGUCUUGCAAAAACUCCUCGAGAAGCUCACAAACGACAAACUCGACGUGCCUGAAGUCACRCAAUCGGAAGAAGGCCAAAAACAGAAACUCUCCGUGGUUUUGGCCCAUUUCAACCAAGUUUUGGGGGUACAACGUUUGGGGCACAAGAAAUGGAGUGUGGAGGCCAUCCAUUCGAAGAACAUCGUCCCCAUUUUGCAUUUAUUGGUGGCUUUGGCGCGCCAUUUCAGACCACCAGUGCGCCUCCCUGAACAUGUCUCAGUCACAGUGGUAGUGGUGCAGAAAGUAGGGGGGCAAUUGAGUCACAGGAUUGUCAAAGAGAGCAUCACCACGGCGUAUGAUGAUGUGGGGAUGAGGUGUGAGAGGGACGCUUUUGAUACCUUAUUCGACCACGCCCCCGAUAAAUUACAAGUUGUCAAAAAGAGUUUGGUAACUUUUGUCAACAAACACUUGAAUAAAAUCAAUUUGGAAGUGAGUGAUCUUGAGACUCAAUUCCAUGAUGGYGUCUAUUUGAUUAUGUUAAUGGGGCUUUUGGAGGGGUUUUUUGUGCCUUUGUACAGUUUUUAUCCCACACCGAGGGAUUUUGAACAAAAAGUUCACAAUGUUUCGUUUGCUUUUGAACUCAUGGAAGAAGUUGGCUUAAAAAGACCAAAAGCACGGCCUGAAGAUGUUGUCAAUUCGGAUCUUAAGUCAACAUUGAGAGUCCUUUACAAUCUUUUUACAAAAUACAAAAAUAUUGUUUAGGUUUUGAGGAAAAUAGAGUGCCUUUGAAGUGUCUUAAUCAGAUCUAAGUGUGCUUUAGCWUGCCUUCGUUUUCAUAUUAAUGUGCAUCAAAGUAGRCGUUWAAGUUGGCAACCAUGCGAAAAUUCAAACAAUUCUAACCUCACUUUUCGAAAAAUUAUUUUUUCAAAUAAAUGUAGCAAAAAAUAAUGAAAAUUAACAAACUUAAAGGUUUAAUGACACUUCCUGUGUGAAUGGGCCUUUAAAUUAAAGAUGCAUUUAGACUUCCACAACCUACUUGAUGCACAUUAAAAUGAAAGAGAAUAUAUUUAGAGAGGAGUAUUAACGUGUAUUUAUCCACACUAAUGUAAAUAACUUAUUUUAGUUUUUAUAUUCAUUAAACCAAGUAAUUAUUUGAAUAAUGAUGUAACAUUUUUACAAAAUUCGUUUGUUUUUUCCCUUUUUUCUAGGUAACAAGAGAAAUAGAGAUCUUUGAUUACUUGAA